AUGUUUGGAGCUUGCGGUUUAUUGGCGGCCCUUUGUGUGGUGCUUAGCUCUCUGGAUGCUAGUGAGGCGUCUGGUUUACGUUUUCCGGGACCUGUUCUACAACGGCAGGAGGCAGCACCUUAUCCACCUGCUGGCUUGACUCCUGAUCCUCCAUUUGAAUUGCCCACGGAACAAGAGGCAAACUUUCCUCAACCAGAUUUGACUUAUGGGCCACCAGAAGAGCAACCGGAGUUGACUUAUGGGCCACCAGAGGAGGAACCGGAGCUGAUUUAUGGACCACCUGAUGAAGUCUACGGCCCACCUGACGAUACCUAUGGCCCACCUGCCGUAGAAGACCUUCCGGAUCAGACAUAUGGUCCACCAGCUAAUGACGAUGCCAACAGUUCGCCUCAAAGUGCAGCAACCAUAAGCCUGGCUAGCUUACGACCACAGGCACAGCUUGUACUUCCCCUGAUUCAACGAUUCACCGCCUUCCGUCAGCUCCUUCGCCCAGCUCAGUCACAACGCAGACCGGCCAAGUUGACUGCUCGUCCACAGCGAAGACCCGCUAAAGUAGUUACAGGAAACAAAGCGGCUUUUCCCGCAACUCAAUUGACUCUGCCAUUUGUAGAACGUCGCAUUCCCUUCAGAGCCCAGCGUCUAAUUUUAAAUGCCCCAUUGAACAGAAGACCCGCCAAACUCACCGCAAAUUCAUCAGGCAGCACACUUGCACAGCUAACACCAGUUAUUCGCAGACCUAUAUUUUCGGGUGGUCGUAUUAUUGCCUAUUCUGACAAAGCGCAGAAUUGGUAA